AUGCCCGGCACCGGCAUGGACGGCAUCCAGGCCGCCGACCACCAGAACCGCUACCCCAACACCCGGCAGCGCAAGAGGAAGGCCGAGGCUCAGGACCACAACGAGCGAUUGUCAAAACGAUUGAGCUUAUUAAACCUUGGUACGCCUGCCCCCGGUUCAUGUUCCAGCUGUGUAGACACCACCGUUCGGGCGACCCCGCCCGGCCGCACCGCUUCCCAUGAUCGUCUGGAUCCGAGAUGCCUGCACUGUACUAACACGAUUCCAACGUCACCAGAACAUGGCGGGCAAAAGCUAUACGUCCCCGUCGAAAACCCCAAGGCGGCUGCCUCCUCGAAUUUCGACAGCGUCUCCGCCUCUCCAUCUACAAUUGCUCCCAACGCGGCGGCUGCGUCGGCGGCUGCACCUGUCGCGGACGACGACUCGAUGCACCUGGACGACUCCAAGUACAAGGUGUACAUCUACAACCUCGACGACGAGCUCUCCUCCUCCGACGCCGAGAGCAGCGACGCCGAGAACGGCCGCCUCGUCUUCCUCCCCGAUAUAGACAAGCACCUGCACAACACGCGCAUUCCUAUUCCCAAGCCCAUCCUGCCCAACGAGGACGGCGAGCUGGCAGGCAAGCAGCUCGUCUUGUACAGCGCCGCGCCUAGCUCAUUGACUGUGCCCGAAGAGCAGGACAGUGUGCGCAAGGCCAUCAUCGAGGCCCGCGCCCGGGUCCGAGAGCGGCAAAGGGAAGAGCGGGAGCAAGAUAGCGGCAGUAAAUUCUGGAGCCAGCCGAUGCAGAUUCCAACUGUCCCGGGACUCGACGACGCUUCGGCUAUGUUUGCAAGACAACAGGACGACCCAGACGACGACGCAAUGGAGCUUGACUGA